AUGGACCCUUCCAAGGCUGCUUCAAGCAAUGUGACCGUUGAAUACACGGACCCAUAUGGACUAUUUCCUCAGAUACAACCAGUCCUUGAAUCGAAGCUUCCCCUGAAGAACCUCCAUUGGAAAUCGCCCACCCGCCCUGCUCGGUCGAUCGAGUCGCUCCGUGUUGGCUUCACACCUGCACCAAAUGAUCCCGCUGAACGGGAAUCCUCCAGUGAUGGUGCUGGCACAGUCCCGCAUCGGCGACACCAGAUCCCUGGUCUGCGACAAACACCGUACCUGAAGAUUUACCUCCUCCGAUGUGACGAUAACGAUACCUACAAGGCCACAGCGCGCAAGACACUGCGAGAAUGGAUCAAAGCUCAGGGUUCGUCUAGUACUUCGCAAACUACAGGAAGCAGCCAGGAGAAGCACGAUGCAUUUGAGUGGUUGAUUGUGCACGUGGUGCAAGACGGCGAUGGAGACAAGACACCGACAACUACCUCGAAAUGGGGCCGGGGCACAAGUACAGUCUUGGAGAAGGUCAAGGCGGAUUUCAAUGGGACUUCCAAAACUGCGGUGGAUCGCGUGGCACAGUUGCGGCUUCCAAGGGAGGGAGCGGCAAAGUCCCCUGAAUUGGCCGAUCAGCUGGAAGACCUGAUUGAUAAGAUCAAGAACGGGAUUUUGGCUUCUUUUGACCUACGUGUGGCUCAAUACGAGGAAGACAUCAAGGAGAAGGACUCGCAGCGCAGUCUACCAGGCUGGAACUUCUGUACUUUCUUCAUUCUCAAAGAAGGCCUCGCUCGUGGCUUCGAAAACGUGGGACUCUUCGACGAUGCGCUGGCUGGUUAUGACGAACUUUCUGCUGGCUUGGAUGCCGCUAUUCGAGAACAACUACAGGGAAGCGGUGAACAGCAUAGCACUACGCUUUUGGAGUCUAGCAAGAUCUGUGCAGAAGCUGCCAAAAAGGCGCUGGAGAAUGGGGCGCCAAGAGCAGAUGGUUCAGAGAACGAGAAUUCCCUAGAGAUUCGCCCCGAAGAUUUCCCACUUAGCUCCGGAAAGAUGCCUUACCGUGAAAUGAUCCUGUCAAGCGAUAUUUCAAUCUUUGAUUUCCGCACCUACGUCUUUUCCCGACAGCUCACCCUGCAGCUUCGAGCUGCAAGAGCUCCAUCGUUGACUGCUGGCGAUGCGACCAAAAAGGAGAAGAAGCCAGAAGACCUUAUGUUACUUUCAGAGAUUUGCAGCAGAUCUACGGAGUUCAUCAGUCUUGCCGCUCGAACACUCCGAUACGAUCUAGAAUCAGGGCUAACAGGAGUGGAAUCUGAUGCAAAGGCAGAUGUCAUUCACAAUAUGGUGUCUUCGUGGACAUAUUCAGCAGCUCUACAAGUCCUCAACCAGACAUUUACUCCCACUCUUUCACUCCCCGAGUCGUCUCUUCAUGCAGUAGUGCAAUCAAGUGAUGUCUCGAGUUCAAACGUGCCUGCAACAAUUCCAGAGGAGCUUACGGAAAGACCACGCCGGUCAAGCUCUUUGAUCUCUCCCCCAACAUCCCGGUCGCCUCGUCCUGUGACCCAGGAUAUGUCCGAUUCGAUCGGACUUAUGCAAAGGCGCUCAACUAUGGAACACCCAAAGCCUGCCCCCGGUGCAGUGCAAAGGACCGGAUCUGAGCAGUUGGCCUCGGGAAGAGGAGAGUUGCUUCUGUUGGCUCGGCGAUCUCUGGAAGAAGCCGCUCGGAGACGUGGCUGGUCCGAAAAAUGGAAUGAUCUUGGCCUACUAUUUGACGACAGCCAUCCUUCCGGAACGAGUGGUCUAGCGGAAGUUUCCUUGGAUGACAGUGAAGAAUCCAAGCCGCAGAAAGAUUCGGAACCAAAACCGUCCUCGCUUGUGGGCAUUGAAAUCCCCAAUCUGGUGGCUGCUCUCGGCUCGAAGGACACAUUUUUGUCCCUCUAUGAGGAUCUCACAGACCAAAUUAUCUGUCACAAUAUGGCUGCGAACCGCACUUACUCUGCUCAGACAGCCCUCGCAGAAAUUGCCAUUCUGCGAUACCGACAGGCCGAUUUUGAAUCCGCUGCGUCCUACUUCCACCAAAUGGCUCCAUUCUAUGGCAGCAAGUUCUGGGCAGUUUUGGAGGGAACAAUGCUCGAACUAUACUCACGCUGUUUGAAAAAACUGGAGCGCCAUGAGGACUAUGUUCGCAUGAUGCUCAAGCUGCUCUCCAAGUAUGCUUCUUACUCUCAGUCGCGCAUCCUCCACAGUAAAAAAGCCCUGACCGCUCCGACUUCUAUCCUAGAGCAGGAGAAACUCGCUGGCUAUGUAUCUGGCCUAUUUGAGGGAGCUGGAAGUCUGCAGAAAGAGAUUUCCGCAUCUCUGUCGGACUUUUUCGGGGACCUGCAUGUCGAUCCGGCGAUUCAGCUUUACGAUGAUAAGGAUGGCUUCCAGGUUCGAUUGUCGUUGCGAUUCCUGCUCGGUCCUCGGGUCGAGAUCGACUCUAUCAAGGUCCGGCUGAUCAGUGCUAGCAAUUCUGAGCAUUGGAUUGAGGGUUCCACCAAAUUUGUGAUCAAAUCUACGAGGACCACAAUCUUCAUUGACUCUGCGACAACACUGCAAGGGAAAUACAUCGUUGACCGCUUGGAGAUGAAAUCCGGUAACCUGGUCUUUGCAUAUCACAGUGGCAACCAAUCUGCACUCCCUGUUGGAUUCCGGGAAGCAGAUGAAGCAGAGGAGGCGGAUCAACGGCCGUACAUCUACUGCUAUCCUCCUCCAGAUGGCCUACAGGCUAAAGUAGUUUCGCCUCACUUGAUCAAUCUGGAAGCGAUGCGUACGCUAGAGCUGGAACUCAAGAGUGGACGAAAUAACAUCGAGUCCGGUACAGUUCGCAUUCGACCAGCAACUGCAGGUCUACGACUUCGAAGUACGGAGGUGGAGGUCGUGGAGGGCGAGCUAGAGGUGUCGGCGAACGGUGACUCUGGAGUCAUUGAGUUCGCUCACUUCCUGCCUAGGUCUUCUGUUCGACUGCGCAUUCCUUACACUGUCGAGGAGGCCUUUACUACGCUCUCUGCAAGAGCGGAAAUUGGGUAUUUGACCGAGCAGGGCAAAUUCGUCUUUUCAACAGCCCACGACAUUAUUGCGACGCUUCCCAUCUCAGUCAACGUGCAAGACGUGUUCAAGGAUGAAGUGCUAUUCUCGCGAUUCACGGUCAGCCCCGCUAUGCUAAUCCCAUUGCGUAUCACGAAUUGUAGCCUCCCGAGCUCCGAAUCCUUCAAGGUGCAGUCUAGCAUUACUGGGCCUGUUGCUCUCGCUGUCUUCCCUAAGCAGCCGGCUUCUCUCCUGUACAAGAUUCGGCCCUCGCCGACUCCCAGAUCAGCAUCACGCAGCCUUCGUCUACGAGUUGAUUUCACGUGCAUUGACGAUGAGUGCUUUGAUGCAAUUCAGAAGCUCUUCGUUGCCGCGGUGGAGUCUAGUCAGUUUGCCCAGUAUUCCACGCUUUUCACAUCGCACCUCAUUGGCAGGUUCCGUGAUCAGCUGUCCACCGCAAACCUGGAAGUCAUUGGACUAGUCAGAGAAGUCGAGACGCUCUCAUACCGAAGCGUACGGUGGGAGGGCCUGUUGGGAGCAUUAAAAGACCGUACUGAAGAGAUGCGCCAGUGGCUGACUGCGUGGCAUGAGAACAAUCCGGUUGUCCGGCUUCCCCAACAACCCACCAUCCCCACCCGCAGUAUUGUCAUCCCUGUGGAAAUUCCCGAGAUCCAAGUGGUGCAUACGGCUGAGUUGCAGCUCCACCCCAGCUCCGAAGCCAUGGGUACCGGUGCUUCUCACGCCGCCGUCGGCCAGAUGAUAUCCGCUGAGUUGACCCUGCACCACACGCGACGGUGGUGCUCUCCGGCAACCCAGGAGAAUUCCGGCCAGCCUCUAGAGUGUUCAUACGAGCUACACGCUAACCCGGAGCUGUGGCUCCUCGGUGGUCGCCGUCGGGGCAACUUCCUCGCGCGCGAAGGCGAAGCCACCCGUUUCACCGUUCUCCUACUUCCCCAGAAGCCGGGCCAUCUACUCUUGCCCGGGCUAGAGGUUCGCACCUUCGCCCCUUCAUCGUCUCAGCCACCCACGUCUCCCGUUGCGCCUGAUACUGCAAGCGGCGGCCCCGUGAUGCCCGCUCAACGCCGGUCUAUUCCGAGUGAGGUAGACUACCGCAAUCAUGGCGAGACCAUGUUGGUCCUACCGGACCUACGCAAGACGACGGUCAGCCUCAGCGCGUCAGGUAGUCCGGGCGGGCCCUGGCUGGUGGAUUCGGAGCGACGAGCAGAGGUGCAUUGA